GUCAUAGAUGCCCUAAUUCUUAGUGAUGGCAGAGCAGGAACCUGCUGAGGCUGCCAAGAGGAGGAAGGACUCGAUAUUGUGCAGUCUUGUACCACAGCGUUGCCAUCAUCACUUUUUGACUAAUAACUUCCGUGUCAAUCCGUUUGUGCUCAUCAAGAAGCACAUGUUCAUUUUCAAGAAAUUCUUUUCAGAGCCAUCUACUGAUGCGGUCGCCGGCUAUAGCUUGUCGUUCGCAGUGAAUCUAAGCAUUAGGAGACUCAGGCCCGGUGAAGACCGAGCCUUUGCAGGCACUAGUACGCUUGGCGCAGGAACGAGCAACUGUCGUUCUGAAGAUGUUGCUCGACUUGAAGAUGAAAUCAGAGAUCUGGAACAGCGCUACAGGAGCAAGGUUGAUGAAUUGUCACGACUUCGAUAA